GCAGUAGGAAGGUGAGAAUGCGAUGAGGAAAUUCUUACGUAAUAAUUAAUGAAGGAAAUAGUGAGGAAUGGAGGUCGGGCGUCAAACUUUAAAUGUUAAGACCGAAUAUAGCCGAGAAGGACGACGCGGUCGGUUUGUGUCUGUGUCGAUUGUCGAUUCUUCUAGAGCUGAAUCGAUUAUUAAAAGCAGAAAAAUGGUAAACACAAACCAAACCCACCAAAUCAAAAGGCCAUACCAGAACAGAAUAAUACUUGGUACUAAGUUCCAGCUCUUUCUUGUCUUUGCUUCUUUGGAUCUGCAUCUGAAUCAAUUCUUACUCAUAGUUUGAAAGCAAUCAAUCUUUAUCUUUUCAUAUUUAUCUAAGAUGGGAGAAGUAUCAAGUGAUGAAAUAAUAAUAAUAAUGGAUAAUAAGGCAGAGAAGUCGAAGAGGAUGCUUGGGGUAGCAACAGAAAAGCGUUCAUUCAAGCUACGAAGCGACAGCUUGAAUUCUUUGAGGCUGAGACGAGUGUUUGAUCUUUUUGACAACAAUGGAGAUGGCUUCAUCACAGUGGAUGAAAUCAGACAGGCACUUGUGCUGCUGGGCCUUGAAGAUGAUCAUAUGAAUAAUAAUAAUAAUAAUAAUAAUACUAAUAAAGAAGAUGAUCAGCUCGACUCCAUUGUCACCUCCUUCAUAAGGCCUGGUUACCAAGGUCUGGCCUUUGAAGAUUUCCAGUCCCUUCAUAUCUCCUUAAACAACACCUUCUUCUUUGACUGCAACCUUGAUCAUCAUCAACAACAUCCUAUUAUUGAUCAGGUGGAAUCUGAUCUCACUCAAGCUUUUAAGGUGUUUGAUUCAGACGGAGAUGGAUACAUCUCUGCGUCUGAGCUUCAGCAAGUACUCUCCAAAUUGGGCUUUCCAGAGGCUCAACAAGAGCUCCAUCACAUCCAACUUAUGAUCUCCUCCUUCGACCACAACCACGAUGGCCGUGUCGAUUUCGGAGAAUUCAAGCACAUGAUGUCCCGUACCCUUCUUCUUCCUGCUUCUUAGUUACCCUUUUUCUUUUUCAUUUUUAUAAUUACUCUUGUCUUUUUAUUUCUGUUAUUCUAGUUUUGUUUAUUACUAUUAUACUCUUCAAUUCAACCCAUUCGUCGUCUUCAAUCUUCAUUACUCACAGAUUCUAUUA